UCGAUGGUGUGCCAGCCAAUCAAACGAUUCAGAUUCGAUGUUCUGCCAGGGCAGACGACGAUCGAUCUGACCGGGCCGGAUUGAUCACCCCAACAAACCGCUAAUCCCGCGCAGCAAUCCCUCGUCUCACGCCCACGCACGCCGCAUCUUCCCCACUAAUUCCGCCGGUUAUGCAGGCGAAUAUGCGGCCAUCAGAUCCCGUCCCUGGAUGUCACCGCCCCACGCCGUUGGCACGGGCUCCCCAUCCCGUCGCUGGAUGGAGGGUGCCGCUGGAGGCGGCCGUGCCAACGACGAGCGUAGGACGCGGGCGGACCUCCCUCACCCUGCCUUGCCGCCCCUCCGCCCCGCCGCCUCGGCACCUUCCGUACCAGGCCAGGACCGGAGCCGAGAAUGAGGCGUCCGCACGCGACCAUCUCUCCCUUCGAGCGCCUUCGACGCGCCCCCGACUAUUGCCGCCAACUUCACUGGAAGCUUCACGAUGAUCCAGGUAAUCACCAAACAAACCAUUGUCUGCUCAUGAUUUCAGAAGAGAAGCGGGGGAGUGUAUUCAUGUGAUGAGUAAGAAGAUAAACUUGUGUGGUUCAGUCACCGGAUCAACUGUUAGAUGCCCAGAAGGUAGUGUUAGUGUGUUACUACACCUGAAAUUACAACUCAGCUAGCAGCUUCCUUCACAGUGAGCAGGAGAUGCUCACCACCGAGGCUGGGUUCAGAAAUACAGAUAGGUAGGUAGAUGGACGAGAAUGAGAUACCUUUUUCCUUUUUCUCUUGUUUAUCUAGAUCGGCCGAUCACCAAGGCAUGUAGCUGUUUGUAAUUUAUAUUGGAAGUGCAAGCAUUCUCACAUAGAUAAUAGAAAAUGGUGGUAAUCCGCUCAGGGAGUGAUUCUCUCUAAUUCAUGGGAGCACCCACAGGGCUGUAAUCGCCGUGAAGAUUCAGCAGUUCUCUCUCACUAAUUCAGGGCGCGUCGAAGGCACCGCGACGGUGGGAGUCACUAUACGGAUAUCAGGCCAGUUGCAUUAUUUCUUGCCUGAUAUUUUUAUUUAUUGUUGCAGACUGGGGUAGGAUGCCGAAGAUGUAGAGGUUGUUGCUCCAGUGACGCUGGAGCCCAUUCAAAGGAAGAGAAUAUGCGCGUUUUUCCUCCUAACCAUUUGAGUAGUGUUCUGUGCAAUUUAUGCACAUUUUGAAAAUUUAGUUAUAGACGUUGAAUUUAUCUCCAAUCCUCUAUUGUGCCGUAUAUUCUACAAUCUUUCAUAUUUUAGCAUGAAUUUUUUAAAAUGUGUGUUAGAAAGCUUGUAUAUCAUACAUACAUGUGCUAUUUUCUUUUGAUUAUCUCUUUCAGACUGUUCGGGCUUUCUAGAUCAUAAUAAUUUGUUCUUAAUAGCUCAUUGGGUCUUAGAGAAUUCAGAAUAAGUUCUUACAACAAUCGUUACUGGAUAAAUCAUCUAUGAUACCAUGCUUGCACCCUUAUUUGCAGCUGUAUUUCAGUUUUUUGGCACAAUAAGGUUAGUUUGUUUUUUCUGCUUUUUGGUUAGCAUUGAUGAUAAUUUGAACCGGUCAGACGGGGAAAGAUAUGCCCAUUAUACAAGUGCAUCUUGAUUCAGUUUGAGGAGAAAGAGUAGUUAAUUCAGCUUGUGGCAUGUGUCCACACUUGUUAACCAAUUAACCCUUUUCCAUUUGUGUCUUAAAACUACUUUUGUUAACACUGCCAACCUAACAGAGGAUCUACUUUUGCUAAUAGUGGUCAAAUAAAAGAGGAUCCAGAGUUCCAGACUGUGUGUUGUACAGAAUUAUUCUUUGCCAACAAUAGCUUUGCUAAGUUUCUCUUGCCUCUCGGUGUUACUACAGGGAUUUAGAAACACAAGGAAUGAUUAACGAUGAAAGAACCACAGAUAGAUCUGUGAUUUCUCCUUGGCCAAUAAUUCAACUGCAUGUUUUAGGAACCACAAAUAGCUUUGGGUAUUUUCUUUGUACGCAUUAAUAAUUUAAUAUUAUAUAUUGAGAACUGAAAUAAAUAUUUUACUUCAUAUUUAUUUAAAACUUUUCGUAUUAAUAGUGCAAUGCAUAGAUUUAUUUUUCUAUGUUUUUAUGUUUAUUUCCCACUAGACUGAGAAUAUUGAUUAUACUAGACAAGUAGUCAUUGUUGCUUUGAUUCAGAAUGAGAAACAUUAAUUUUUCUGAAUCAUUGGUACAAUUAGUUCACACCGAACUAUUCAAAGGUACUGUACCUCAUGUUGGUGAAGAUGGCAGAUUUCAAACAUGGCGGCGAACAAAGGUUUAUAUUGCAGGCGCCUCUGAUUUCUUAAGUUCUUAACAAUUUAAUGAUCGCUCGCUACUAUUCUCAUCAUUAUUAUAGAUAAGAAUGCCAGGCCCUUCAGUUUUCUACUACCUUGACGGUAAUUGAGAUGACAAGGAAAUACACGGGGAAGCAGAUAACUUGGAUCAUACAAUGUCACAAAUUGUGUUGGCCAAUGUACUUUGCGGCUCAGACAAGGACCUUUAUAUGCACAGCACAAUUUUGUGACAGUAGUCUUUCUAAGCGAAAUGACCCUAUGAACAUACUUAUCAUUAGUUGUUUCCUCAUAGUGGGAACUUUCUAUCCAGCUAAACUGGAGCAUCAGGUAGCUAUCACACACAUCCUUUUGAGAACAAGAACACAUUUAUUUAUAUGUUUGUCUUGUUUUCUGUUUGUGCUUGCAGGAAAACAGUCUAGCUACUAGAGAUUUGAGCUGAAGCACAAGCCUUUCCUCUUGGAAUAUGAUUUAGAACCCAAGGGUGGAGUUCCUAUCAUCAACGCUAGCUGUACAUUCAAAUGCAUAUGCUUGUGUGCUCUGCUCUCUAAACACCCUAAAGAUAACAGAUGUUAUUUUGUACUCUUAACAGGUCUCCCAUAUGGUAAUUGUCUUUAUAAAGCACCCUAUGAUAUUUCUAGAAAGUAAGGUCAUGUAGGAAAAUGGAGCGCUCCAUCUUUGGUUAUUCUCUACUCAGGUUUGAGAAGAAGCACAUCCCAUUACUAUUACAUGGCAAAAGCGGCUGCAUGGCAAGGAGAAAGUCGCAACUCCGCCAUGGACUUAUGUGGCGAUGGGAGUUGAGAGAUGGCAAUGCAUGCUGGUAGUGCUAUAAGGCAACGCCAGAGUUUGUGACAUUGCCAGGUGCUGGUAUGUUUCUACCAUUGGCCUUUGUAGAUCCCUUUAGUGAAAGGGCCGUGGUUAUCAGAAUAGAAUGCACGUGCAAAUUUGGUAGAGACGCGCAUUGCAUGUGCACAUUUACUAGUUCCAUAAGCAUUGUAACUUUUCCCCCGUUGGCUACAUUAAUAGUCCCCUCGAUCGGAUCUGCGCCGUCGACCUGCCAUGUCGGUUCAAUCGACAGCCCAGAGCCCCCUCUGCUAUCACGUAAUAAGUUCACAUAAAAAAACAUCAAUCGCAUCAGAUCGCGACCACCGACCAAAACCCUAGCCAUCAUGGCAACGGAGACGGAGCCCGCCGCGCUGCCGCGCCCCCUCCUCGGCCCUCCGGUCAUCCGCGGCGCGCGCCGGUCGCCUGGCUCCGCCGGGCCGCACUCGCACCCCUCCGUCGGCGUCCUCGACACGGCCGUCGACGCGCCGUCCGCCGCGGAGAUCAAGGCGGAGCUCGAGCCGCGGAGGGCGCUCACGGAGAACUGCUCCGCCACGUACGCUAACUCGGGCAGCCCCUGCCUCGACUUCUUCUUCCAGGUGGUGCCCGACACGCCGCCCGAGCGCGUGCGCGGCCUGCUCGCCGCCGCCUGGGCGCACGACGCGCUCACGGCGCUCAAGCUCGCCUGCAACCUGCGCGGCGUCCGGGGCACCGGCAAGUCGGACAAGGAGGGCUUCUACGCCGCCGCGCUCUGGCUGCACCAGAACCACCCUCGGACGCUCGCCUGCAACGUCGCCGCGCUCGCCGAGUUCGGCUACCUCAAGGACUUGCCCGAGCUGCUCUUCCGCCUCAUCCACGGCCCCGACGUGCGCAAGCUCGCCAGGGAGAGCGCGGCCGCCGAGAAGGCGGGCAGGAAGGAGAAGGACCUCGGCAAGCCUAGGCUGGCCGACCGCAAGCAAGCCCGCGUGCUGGCCCCUGUGCCGCCAAAGCCCAUGUUCGGCGCCUACCUCUCCGCCGCCCUCUCCAGGUCCGGCAAGGGCAAACCCAUGGAGGUGGAGGCCGACCCUGUCCCGGUCCAGCAGCCGGCUGAGCAGAAGCCGAAGGUGGACCAGAAGAAGACGGCGGCAACUAAGCGGCGGCCGUCGAAGAAGGUCCGCAAGGUGGCCAAGCUUGCCGUGAAAUCGCUGGAGACGUACUACGGCGACCGUGCUUACCGCUUCCUGUUCGACGCUGUCGCCGACUUCUUCGCCGCCCUCCUUGCGACGGACCUCGAGCAGCUGGCCCUCGACGGCAAGAAGAGGAAGAUCGGGCUCGCCGCCAAGUGGUGCCCCACGCCUGGCUCGUCGUUCGACCGCACCACGCUGCUCUGCGAGGCCAUCGCACGCCGCCUCUUCCCGCGCGACUCGGACCCCGAGUACGCCCAGCUCUCCGACGAGCACUACACGUACCAAACCCUCCACCGCCUCCGCCGCGAGGUGCUCGUGCGGCUGCGCAAGGUCCUGGAGCUCCCUGAAGUGUACAUGAGCGCGCAGCGGUGGUCGGAGCUGCCCUACACCCGCGUGGCCUCGGUGGCCAUGAGGCGCUACAAGGUCCUCUUCAAGAAGCACGACGAGGAGCGCUUCGACAAGUACCUGGAGGACGUGGAGGCCGACAAGGCCAAGAUCUCGGCCGGGGCGCUGCUGCCCCACGAGAUCGCGGCGGCCGCCUACCGUGGCGAGGAGGACGAAGUGUCGGAGCUGCAGUGGCGCCGCAUGGUGGACGACCUCCGCUCCAAGGGGUCGUUGUGCAAUUGCAUCUCAGUCUGCGACGUGUCCGGCAGCAUGACCGGCACUCCCAUGGAGGUGUGCAUCGCGCUCGGCGUGCUCACGUCGGAGCUCAGCGAGGAGCCGUGGGCGGGCAAGGUGAUCACCUUCAGCGAGAGGCCUGAGCUCCAGCUCAUCACCGGCAACACCCUUCGUGAGAAGAUGAGGUUCGUGCAGCGUAUGGACUGGGACAUGAACACCAACUUCCAGGCAGUGUUCGACCAGAUCCUCCGCACGGCGGUGGAAGCCCGGCUGGUGCCGGAGAAGAUGAUCAGGACUGUGUUUGUGUACAGCGACAUGGAGUUCGACCAGGCGUCGGGGUACGAGGACGACGACGACGAUGACUACUCUGAGGACGAGGAGGAGGAGGAGGUGCAGCGGUCGUGGGGCACAGACUAUGAAGUGAUCUGCCAGAAGUUUAGGGACGCCGGGUACGGGGACGUGGUGCCGCAAAUCAUCUUCUGGAACCUGCGGGACUCUAAAUCGACGCCGGUGACGGCGACGCAGCCUGGGGUUGCCAUGGUGAGCGGCUUCUCCAAGAACUUCCUCAAGAUCUUCCUGAAGAAGGACGGCGUGGUCAACCCCGAGGCCAUUAUGAUGGAGGCCAUCUCCGGCGACGAGUACCAGAAGCUGGCUGUGUUCGACUAGAUCGAUCGUCAAAUUUGCUCGCCUCUGUUUGCAAGGUAUUUCUCGCCCUAACGUGCUACCAAAUGCACGGCCUCGCCAGGCAGGGCAAAUUAAGGAGUACGCUAGGUGUGUUUGAUUUUUAGAAUUGUGGUGAACAGCCAGUUCGUUGACUUUGAUCAUCUGCAGGAUUCAAAACCAAAUCGUGCCUGAAAGUUUGUUCUGGAACAUGCUGCGCUUGAGUUGGUUAUCAUUCUUGGGUAAAUUUAUCCCAUCGACCAAUGAAUCAUCCCUUGGAGUGCAUGAAUCCAAUGGAUUUCUAAACUCCGAACAGCAUGCUGUCGUGGAGUUUGAUCAGGGUGCUAUGUGAAUCCAUACCACAACCAUCCUUGUAAUUGAAUGGAUUUCUGAAUUCAAAAAGGAAGGCAAAAAAAAUUCAGUUUUA